UGCCUAAGAGGUCUGCCAAUCGUGGCAUGUUUUCACUUUUCUGUUGCUUUACAUAUGUGAUGAACGGCAAAUGAAAACCCAUCCUUCUCAUAGACGAGCAAUUAACGGCGCACGUUCAUUACAUGUUGGUGUGUUUUGUCGCCACGCUCCCACGUGCUUGCGUUCUUGCGUUGCUCCAGCUUUUCCGGUAUUUUGGGGCCGUAAUGUAUUCUACCUUCUAAAAUCCCUGUCCCAUUCAUGCAAACAUGAGUCUUCAUUCUGUAUGAAUAUCAGUAGAAUACUUGUAUACUUUAUAUAGUUUGUUUACUUUUGCGGUUCUUUUUUUUUACAGAGUAUAUUACCUUCCCGUUUUUGGUACGAUUUGUACUUGCACAUGGUCUUGACUGAACACCUACAUUAUUGCUCCAUGAAAGCGUUAAAUUUCGUUUUCACUUCAUGUUUUUGUCACUGAUUACAUCUGAGUAUAUUUGACAUGAAUUUUGUAUACGUUAUUAUAUUUUCAGAACUGCCCGUCUGUGCCAUGACACAUCACGUCACUGACCCUGGCACUGCUGAGCGGGUAUUACUGGGAGUAAACAUCAAGGGGUAUUACUGCUCUGAGUUGGCUCAAGUGAAUAUGUCUACAGGGGAUAAUGUAACUGAAUAUCCUAAUGAAACAGUCACAAACAUAACCGAUAAAACGGUACGGAUCGACGUCAACACGACCGACGCCAGCAUUGGGACGGAGCUGACCUUCACCUGCGGUGACCAAAGAUGGAAUAUGUCCUGUAACCAGGACAACAGUGAGGUGCUGGAGGACAAAGCUACAAGUAAUAAAACAAGCAUGGUUGCCAUCGUCGGAGUGGUUGCCGGAAUCGUGAUUGUGACAGUCAUCAUCACGUUAGUAGUCUUUCUGGUGAAGAUGAAGAAAUUAAAGCGGGAGGAACAGCCAGAUAAUCAUGUGUUUGACUCCCCUGAUGACGUCACUAGAGAAACUAAUGACACAUCAGGACAUGAAUACAACGCUUUGUACCUUACCGCUCUUGAGAGAGACAUCCUACUAUAAUGUCAUAUCCAAUUAAGCACUUUGUGUGAAUGCACAUGAAUCAUGUACCUUGAAGGUAUUGGUCAAUGUUAUAACUGGGACAAAUGUAAACACUUCGCUUUGCUGGAAGUCAUCUCACUCACU